AUGGCAACAAAUGAAAGCAGAAGUAAAACGCCAGUGCUUGAAAUGACUACACAAAUAUCGGAAUUAUCACUCAAUGGUACAUCAAGGACCCCAAGUGGCAGUCUCUGUUUGAAUGGUUCAUUGAAUAGUGCCUUGCAAACUCAAUCAAAUCUAAAUACGAAUAUUCCGUUCAACAAAGCAAAAGGUGGAUUAAAGAGGCGUGAAUUAACGCCAUCUCGAAAUCCAAAUUUUAUGGGUAUAGGUGGCGGUGAUCGAUAUAUUCCGUGUCGAUCGAGCACGCAAUUUGAAUAUGCCAAUCACUGCCUUGUUAAUCACAAUGUGCAAGGUGAGUUACUCAGUUUAUCCGGUUCACUUCCCUCUAUUUCUCCUGGCAGAAAAGAGGAGAAAAAAUAUAUGAUGCAUCUUAUGCGAGCUAAAUCUGCCGGCGAAGUAAACAUUGAUGAUGAAAGAAUCUUGAUAUAUAGGAGAGGGCAAGCUCCACCGGUAUCUGGACAACCAACUCAUCGAAAAGUAUUGUACUCUUCUACGAAUGCAUUACCCAUAAGCAGUGCCAGGAAAGGGCUACGUCAUAUACCUACCACUCCAGAACGAAUUCUUGAUGCACCAAAUUAUAUAGAUGACUAUUAUUUGAAUUUAAUCGAUUGGGGUCACCAUAACUGUGUGGGUGUGGCGCUGGCUUAUAGCGUAUAUUUGUGGAACGCAGGUAGUGGAGAGAUUGAGACUCUUUUUGAACUACCAUCUGAACGAGGAACAUUUAUAUCGUCAGUGAAGUGGGCUGGUGAAGGACCAUAUUUGGCAAUUGGAUUAUCCGAUGGGCAAAUCAAGAUAUUUGACCCUACCAAACCCAACUGCCUAUUACGUACAAUGCAAACCCAGAUAACUCGGAUUCCUAGUCUUUCAUGGCGACAACACGUAUUAUCAGCAGGCUGUCGGUCUGGGCGAAUCUACAACCAUGAUGUGAGAAUUGCAAAUCAUCACAUUGGGACUUUCGAAAGUCAUACUCAAGAGGUAUGUGGUCUAGUUUGGAGUCCAAAUGGUCGGUAUUUAGCAAGUGGUGGUGGCGAUGAUUUGGUUAAUAUAUGGAAACCUGAAAUGAUUUCUUCAAACAACCCUGUAUCGUCUUUAUUUUGUUUCAUUAUUAAAUUAAUGGAGCCUUUUCACACAUUCACUGAUCAUACAGCAUCAGUAAAAGCCUUAGCGUUUGAUCCUAACAGUACUGAACAUCUGGCAUCUGGUGGCGGAACCAAUGAUCGAUCUAUUAAAAUCUGGAACAUCACUUCUGGCACGCUUUGUUCUAGUGAACAGACUGAAAGCCAAGUGAACGCUAUACUAUUUAGUCGUCAUUAUAAAGAAAUUAUCACUGGUCAUGGAUAUCCCAGAAAUGAUUUAAAGAUUUGGAAAUAUCCAUCAAUGACUUGCGUUCAAACUCUAACUGGACACACAGAACGAGUACUAAAUCUUUGUCGUUCACCUUGUGGUCAAUACGUCAUAUCAGCUUCUGGCGACGAAACUUUGAGACUUUGGUGGUGUUUUAAGACUAGUAAAAAUCCAAAACCCUUAUCUAACGCUAUUAAAAAAAGAACAAUUUUACAACAAUCGGUUCGAUAG